GACCUAACUGCCAUCUGCCUUUAUUUUUGCAAAGUCCCUGGCCUGCCUAGGCUCAACAUUCAGUGGUUUUAAAAACAGUAAUAUCAGCAUUACAGCUUUUCAUAUCGGAACACCACCAUGGAGACUGAAUCUAAUACCUCCAACAGUACCUCCACCAGUAGGAGGUCAAUAGCUGAAUGUGUAGGGGAUAUGUACCUUGAUGAACAUCUAGCAGAUAUUCACUUUUCCUUCCCCAAGGAGAAGUCAAUACAACCAGUCCCAGCUCACAAAAUGAUUUUGGUAGCAAAGAGUCCAGUUUUCAAAGCAAUGUUUUGUGGAGAUCUGGCAGAAAAAGGGUCAACAAUUAAAAUAACAGAUAUCACAGCUAAGACUUUCAGACAAAUGUUGAAACAUGUUUACACUGAUAAAUUGUUUAUAAAUGCCGAUACUGUGGGUGCUCUCCUACAUGCUUCACAGAAAUAUCAGCUGGAAAGUUUGACCAAUGAUUGUGAAAGUUAUCUCCGUCAAAACCUCAGUCUUCACAAUGCAUGCACCAUUUUACAACAAGCUGCUGACUUUGCUCUAUUUGAAUUGGCUAGUUCAUCCCACAAUUUUUUGUGCAAACACGCAACAGAUAUCAUCAGUAGUGAAGAUUUCCUAAAUCUUUCCAAGGAUAAUCUUAAAAAGAUUCUAGAAUGUGAUGGGUUCUGUACUGAUGAAAUUCUUAUAUUUAAUGGAAUGAUGAAGUGGGUCGAUGCUAAAAUCGAGGAAGAAGUUUGGACAUGCGAUCCUUUAGAAAAAAGAAAUUCUCAAAACUCUAAGAAACGUAAAGCUGAAAAGGAUGUUGAAGAUAGACGCAGAGAAAUAUUAGGAGAUAUAUUAUAUCAGAUUCGUUUUCUAGACAUGAGUAUUGAGGACUUUACAGAAGUAGUUAUCCCGAGUAAAAUACUGACAGAGAAGGAACAACUAACUUUUCUAAGAAUCAUGUCUAGUAACUCAACAAGCAAGCAUUGCCCGGAUCUACCAGACGUAUUUCUUACAAAUAGCCGUUACGAUUCAAAAGUCAUUACACUUAGAGAUGUUGUUGAAAAACUUCCACAUAGACCAAUACUGGCUGCAUUGCCUAAACACUUACGGAACUGUUUAAGGAUUCACUUACAUUCCGCCAAACCGUUCAAAAUUAAUGCACUGAACAUCUUACCACAAAAGAGACGAGAGCAAGAUUCUCCUGUUAAAAUAGCAUCAGUAUUCUGUCAGAUAAAGGGAACAAGUUUUGGUAAGAAGUAUUGUCUCGACUUCUCUGAAUAUUCAAACAGUUAUAUAUCAGUUGAAAAGCAAGUAAAAGGUGAUACUGUUGUCAUAGUAGAGGUCGUUAUUACAGAAAAUGACGGUCUAAUGACAAACAGAAUGGAGACAGACUGGGAGGAAUUAGAAUCUGAAGUCCCAGAAGACAAAGAAAAAUGGAUCAAAAAAGAAAUAUCUAGUUCUCAGGAUGUUAAGAUAGCAUGUGAAGGAGUUGAUAUUGUAGAUGAUAUAAUUUUAUAUCCUUGUUAAUCAAAAUACAAUUUUUCAGAA